UGUGAAACGAACAAGAAACGUCAAUGUCAUAAUAUGUCUUUCAAGUAAAAUAUGGUUACGGAAGAUGUGUCGGGCGUUGUAAAAUAAAGUUUAUUUCGCAGGACAGCAUAAAUACGCUUAAUCCGGAUUUUGAAAAGUGUAGUGCAUUAAAUUAGCGGAUAUUCUUACGUAACCCCAUCACUCGAUAGACCAAAACCUACCAUGUCGGACCGCAGGGCAGAGCUAGAGCGCAAAAAGGCCAGACUUCAACAGCUGAGAGAAGAAAAAGAAAAAAGGCGAAGAGAUAAAGAACUACAAGCUGUUAAAGACUCGAAAGAGCGAGUCCAAGUGGAUGCAGGGGGCGACAGAAAGGACAUUGAUAAGGCCCUUACUGACUUCGGCAUUGCCCCACUGUCCGAGAUAUUUUCCAGCAUUUCUAGUGCAAAUUCCUUGACCCCUGAACCCAGCAGGAAUCAUACGCCUGAUACAUCUUUGCAGUUGAAUAGUUUACCAAAUAAUGUAAUUGCCGUGCGAAAAAAGGUGCCCCAGCUUACGGUGGUUCCAGUACAGACUACGAGUAUACCGCCUAAAGAAGUUGUAACUUAUACCAAACAAACGCAGACAACUGCAACCGGCCAUGAAUUGCGUGAUGGCUAUAUGGAGGACUGGUGGAGACCUCGCAAAGCCCAUGCCACAGACUACUACGACGAAUACAACCUAAACCCAGGUUUAGAGUGGGAAGAUGAGUUCACAGGAGAAGACGAGGAGAGUUCGCUGCCCCAUCUCGGCGCCAGCAAACUUCCCCCUGGAAUUCUACCCCAUGGUCUUCCUCAGGUCAUGGAAGUGCAACCAGCUGUUACACAAGUGGAGCAAGACGCCAAGAAGGAGCAAGAAGCGAAAGAAAUUCGAGAUCUUAGCGAGGAGGAACAACAGAUGAUUAUCCUUUCCGAGAACUUCCAACACUUUAUGGAUAGGGCAGGCCGGAUCAUGGAAAGGGCGCUCUGUGAAACUGUGGACAUUUACACGGACUAUUCGGGUAUAGGAGAAGAAGGUCUGGACGAAAAGUGCCAUCAGACGAUUUCGUUUAAUCGAACUUUCUUUGAUGAAAGGUGGUCUAAAAAUCGUUUAAUAACCUCCUUGGAUUGGUCACCGCAAUAUCCUGAAUUACUUCUAGCCUCGUAUGCAAAUAACGACGAAUCACCGAACGAUCCAGGCGGAGUAGUGCUAGUUUGGAACACCAAAUUUAAGAAAACUACUCCUGAAUAUGUUUUUCAUUGUCAAAGCGCAGUGUUGUCGACAACAUUUGCUAGGUUUCACCCCAACUUAAUUUUGGGCGGUACUUAUUCCGGUCAAAUUGUUUUAUGGGACAAUCGGGCGCAAAAGCGGACGCCGGUCCAACGGACACCGUUAUCUGCUGCGGCACAUACUCAUCCAGUGUAUUCAUUAGCAGUCGUCGGCACGCAGAACGCACACAACUUAAUAAGUAUUUCCACAGACGGUCGGAUGUGUUCUUGGUCUCUAGACAUGUUGGGGCAACCGCAAGAGAUUCUAGAUUUGCACAGAAUGCAGGGCAAACCAGUGGCUGUGACUUGUUUGGACUUUCCAAGUUCAGAUGUCAAUAACUUCGUUGUAGGAUCUGAAGAAGGUGCUGCAUAUUCUGCUUGUAGACACGGAACAAAAGCAGGAAUUACAGAAACGUAUGAUAGUCAUCAAGGUCCUAUUGCGGGCAUUAGUGUUAAUGCUGUGCAAGGAGGCAUUGAUUUUUCUCAUAUGUUUCUCACGUCUUCGUUCGAUUGGACUAUGAAAUUGUGGAGCUUAAAAGACACAAAGCCGAUUUACUCAUUCGAAGACAACGGUGAUUACGUAGCGGAUGUUAAAUGGUCCCCCGUUCAUCCUGCGCUGUUUGCUGCAGUUGAUUGUCAUGGUCGCCUCGAUUUAUGGAAUCUGAACCAAUAUACGGAAGUCCCAGCAGCUAGCGUUACAGUGGAAGGGAUGCCAGCUCUCAAUAAAGUAUCCUGGACUCCUUCGGGCUUGCACGUUACCGUCGGAGAUAGUUUAGGAAGGAUUCAUGUGUAUGAUGUUGCAGAGAAUUUCGCUCAUCCCAGGCAUGAUGAAUGGAACAAAUUUCUCUACACCACGCAGGAGCUACGAAAUAGCCAAGUGGAUGAGGAAUUAGGAAAAUUAAGUUUUUCAGUGCCUGGUGCAUCGUUUUAAACAUUAUUAUUCAUAGGUUGUUGAUCCACUUGUAGCGUCCAUUACUAGUCUGAAUGGUGGUUGUUUAACUUAAUUAAGCAGGUUAAAAUAAUGAAUUCCACAUACUAAAUUACUAGUACGUUUAACACAGCAAAACGUUUAGACAUUGGAUGUGUACUACAAGUGGACCAACAAAGUGAUAACUCUAAAGGAUUAAAUGCAACACUAUUCCAGAAAACCACAUAGGGGAAAUUUAAAAGAACAUAGAUGUGUAGUUGUAUCUGCCAAAAUGAUAUUUGAUGUUUAUAAUGUUACCCACCAGCUAUAAAUUUAUGAUCUGUUCCAGCAGCUUUAUUUGAAAAAUGUAUUGUGUACUGAUUGAUUUGGGUUUUAAAUGGUAGGUUUAUUACUUCACACUUACAUACUGAACAGCUAUUCCGCUAUGUGUCCCAAUAUGUACCUUUUUCCUAUUUUUCGCUGCGAGCCAUACAUUUUCAGACUUAAUAAAUCUACCAUCAUUUGAAAACGCAUUGUAUGUUAGAGUUGCACUGUCCUAAAUGGAGACUUGAAAACUUCUAAUUUUCUCUAAAUUAGAGUUAGAAGAAUGUCGUCGUUUUAACGACCUGCAAUGUGAUUCUGUCAGCUGUACAGUUAGAUGAGAUUGAAGGUUGAUUGACGUUGAAGUUGUCUUGUUACACUUCCUUCUUUCUGUUGUAUCAUAAUGUACUAAAAAAAUAUAAUUACCGUGUUUGCGCGGUUAAAAAAGAAAAAAAAGAAAAUCUAAAAUAAAGUAUCAUAAUACAAUAAAAAUACAUAUAAGACUCUUAUUUAACAGCAGCUUAAUAACGAUCAUGGCGUUCUAUCUGUUAAUGAAUUACUUGAACUAUCUGCAAUCUGUUACAUGUGCCUGUAAAUAGCUAAUUUAUUCGUAUUAUUAACAGAUAAUUUAGUGAAUUUUGAUACUUAUGGUUUUCUAUGUUUUGUGCCUUUGUGUACAUAUUGAAUUAUGUUAUUAUUUAUUAUUAAUUUCCAAUUAAAUAGGCGUUAAUUAAGA